AUGAACCGUCAUAACAAUUACUCAAAUUAUAUCGACGGUAGCGAUUUGAUUUUGAAGAUUCAUAGAUUGGAGAUCAAAUUAUACAAAAAUUCAUUCAAUCAGUUCCAAAAAGAUUAUUUAAAUAAUAGUUUAUUGAAUUUAAACUCUAUCAUAAAGAACUUGAACAUGGAACAAACCAUGACUCCAGAGGUUUAUGAUAAGUUAGAUAUUUUGAUAGAUACAUUCGGAGAUUUAAUAAAUGAUGAAGUAAGAAGUUUCCGUAUGACACCGACAAUGACACCAAAAGUAACACCAUCAAUCGAAAGAGUUAGAUCUAUAGAUAAGGGGAAAUAUGAUAAGAUAACAUUCAAACCAGCUAAUGAACUUAUAAGAGGAAAUAUGAAUCGAUCGUUACUGCAGGCAUCACAAAUCCUGCAAAUAUCACUGCAUUCUCUGAUACAUUCACUGACACUGCAAACACUGAUACUGCAACAACGAAGAAGAUAUCAAUAUACUCCAGGAUUAAAUCAACAAAAGUUUCUUGAUAACGAAGAUGGCUUUCAUCAUCUUAAAACCAACUUCCCUCCUUCCAAUAGAGAUAAAUCAUUUGAUAGUGUAUUCUUAGAUUAA